AUGAAGUACAAUCCACGAGUCACCAGCUCUCGUCGGAAAUGUAGGAAGGCACACUUCUCUGCGCCAUCCAGCGUCCGCCGUGUGUUGAUGAGCGCACCGCUUUCCACGGAGCUGCGCAGCAAGUACAACGUCCGGUCAAUCCCAGUCCGAAAAGACGAUGAGGUACAGGUUGUUCGUGGUACCUACAAGGGCCGUGAAGUCAAUGUAGGCAUCAACCCUUCAAAGGUUGUCGUUACUAAGCUCAAGCUUGAUAAGGACAGGAAGUCGUUGCUUGACCGGAAGGCGAAGGGCCGUGCCGCUGAUAAGUCAAAGGGAAAGUUCACCGAGGAUGAUGUAGCCGCCGGUGCCUCCCUCCAAGAGAUCGAUUAG